UUACUUACACUGCCACAGGGAGCGCUGGGGUUCAUUCAAAGCGGCCGGCAUCUUUCAGAUUUGGGCGGAUCGAUCCCUGCUCGUCCUCGACAAUGAAGCACGAGGCGAGAGCAAAUGUGGCCGAGCGCUGGAUUUCCCACCAGGCAACCAGUGCCUCUUCACAGGGCAACUCCCCGAAAGCCUCUGAUCAGUCGUCUCCACCCAGGCACUGGAAUGGAAACUCGCCACCGGCCAACGCUUUCACUCCACCGAAUGAUCAACCAAGGCCGGGUUUCACUCCGUCCUACAGCUUCGUUCCCGUGAUGGGGGGCAGUGAUCCCGCGACUUCUAAGCAGCAAGGAAGAAGUCACGGGCAUCCUGGAGUUUUUGUUUCGAGCAUGAGCUCGCCAAGCCAGCACAACCUCGUGGGCUUGUCACCUUACCUGGUUGGUCGUCACAAAACUCUGCCGAGGCUCCAUUUGUUCAACCGGGAUCACGGCCCCAAAGACGUCUCUCGAGCAACAGCAGCUCUUUCCGGAUCGCCCGAGAGCUUGUAUCCAUCGGCUGGCAACGAGAAGCUCUACGAGGCUUACAAUGAUCUUCACGGGCUUGCGCAGGACUUUGACAAGCCGUUCGAGGCCCCGGCUAUACUUCUCGUGGGGCAUCAAACGGAUGGCAAGAGUGCUCUCAUCGAAGCUCUCAUGGGAUUCCAGUUUAACCACGUUGGUGGAGGAACCAAGACGAGGAGGCCGAUCACGCUACACAUGAAGUACAACGCUGCCUGUUCCGAGCCACUGUGCUAUCUCAUGACCGAGGAUGGUCUUCCUCGCGAAGAAGAACGCAGCUUGGAUGAUAUCCAGGCUCACAUAGAGUCCGAGAACUUGAGACUCGAACGAGACACUCACCAGUUUUGGGCGAAGGAGAUCAUCAUCAAGAUCGAGUACAAAUACUGUCCAAAUCUUACGAUCAUUGACACGCCUGGGCUCAUAGCUCCGCCUCCUCAAUCUAACGCAACCACCGCGCUCCAGGCUCAGGCCAAAGCAGUGGAAGCUCUCGUUCGAAGCAAAAUGCAGCACAAAGAGUUUAUCAUUCUUUGCCUCGAGGACUGUAGCGACUGGAGCAACGCGACUACGCGAAGAGUUGUCAUGCAGGUGGAUCCUGAGCUGUCUCGGACAAUAGUUGUCUCGACAAAACUGGACACUCGAAUUCCACAAUUUGCAAGAGCUGCGGACGUAGAGCUUUUUCUCCGUCCGCCACCUCGCCUGCUAGAUGGGGAUAUCUUGGGCGGGACCCCGUUUUUCACAUCAGUGCCUUCUGGGAGAGUCGGGAGUGGCCGUGACGCAGUGUACAAGUCAAACGAACAGUUUAGAGAGGCGGUUGCAGCACGAGAACUGGAAGAUGUUUCAAGUCUCGAAGAGAAGCUGGGUCGUCCGCUGCUCAGAGAAGAAAGAAAUCACGUCGGAGUUAGCCGGCUUCGAUGGUUCUUAGAACAAAUCCUGCAGCGCAAGUACAUGGAAAGCGUUCCAUCCAUUGUCCCGCUGCUGGAUAGAGAAUACCGGAACGUCACCUUAAAGCUGCAUCAGACUGUGACUGACUUGAGUGACUUAGACGAGAUCAAGCUCAAGGAGCGUGGUCGUGUUUUCAGAGACUCUUUUCUCGCAAAGCUCUCGCUUUUACUCAAAGGAACAGUGGUGGCGCCACCAGAGAAGUUUGGUGAGACGUUGCAAGACGAGCGAGUUCACGGAGGAGCGUUUGUAGGUGCAGAUGGUCUUCAAUUGCCUUUCAAACACAUGCCGAAUGCCGGGAUGCGUUUGUAUGGAGGAGCUCAAUACCACAGAGCCAUGGCGGAGUUUCGUUUCGUGGUUGGAGGCAUGAAGUGCCCGGUAAUCACCAGAGAAGAGAUUGUAAACGCCUGUGGAGUCGAGGACAUGCACGACGGAACGAAUUACUUCAGGACUGCUUGUGUCAUAGCUGUUGCGAAAGGCAGAGACGUGUUUGAGCCAUUUCUUCAUCAGCUGGGAUUCAGACUCUCGCAUGUUUUGCGAAGACUUUUGCCUAUUGCGCUGUUUCUACUCCAAAAAGACGGGGAGUAUUUAAGUAACCACGACAUGUUUAUGAAGCGCGUGUCAACCGCAUUCCAUCUCUUCGUGGAAUGCACAGAACGAGCAUGCCGAGAGAAGUGCAUGGAAGAUCUUUUGAGCACAACGCGCUAUGUCACCUGGUCGCUGCAUAACAGGAACCGGGCUGGACUGCGACAGUUCCUGGACACGGUCUCGCUCGAGCAAUCGAUUCUCACGAACAGUGCAGGAGGAUCUGGCGAUCUCGUGAGCGUCGCAAGCAACGGGAACAAGCAGGAAAACUCGUCCAAGGUGCUCAAAGGCCAGGACUCGUCCGGGGGCCAGAUGACGCAGACGAGGCUCGUGGAUCUUCUCGAGAGCACGCUGUGGAAUCGGCGCCUCGCGCAAUCGUCCGAGGACAUCGUGAACGCUCUCGUCGCAAAGAUCUUCGAAGGCAUCCGGGAUCACUUCGUCACAGCUGCCGAGUUGAAAUUCAAUUGCUUCUUCCUCAUGCCCGUGGUGGACAAGUUCCCGGCGCUACUGCGCGAGGAUCUGGAAGUCGCGUUUGAGGAGGAUCUCGAUCGCGUGUUUGACGUCCAGCAAGCGAGGCAAGUGCUGGAGCACCAGAGGAUGGAUCUUGAGCACGAGCUAAGACGGGUGGAGAGACUCCAAGAAAAAUUCGCGGGGAUUCACCAUCAGCUCAGCAGCGCUCAUCCCGUCACAGUUCCUCCCAAGGACGUGGCCGAGGACUUCUCUUCGAUGCUCAGCAUACGCGAGAAACAAGCUUCCGAUUCGUGAGAGCUUCCAAGGAGGUGAGGAAAGAAAGUUAAAGCUAUUCUUCCAAGUCAGCAUCUCUCAUAAGAGAUGCCAUUUGUUUCGUGAUAAUAGGAAGAUUUAUCAUGGGACUCCAAUUUCUUCCUGGCAAAACAAGAAAGAACUGAUCUUCACCAGGAA